UGGCGGCUGGAGCGGGAGCGCUGAGGUGUCGGCCGGCGGGGCUGCGGCCGGGAGCGGGGGGCGGGUGCGUUGGUCAUGUUUACCUUCGGGCCCGGUAGUCCCGAAGGGGAUGGGACGGCCGGAACCGGGGCUGAGGAGCCGGCACCCCGUGCGGGGCAGGCGGCAGCCGCCGGGCCGCUCCCUUCCCCGUCCGCGCCGCCGCAGCCCGGGGCUGACGCAGCCCCUCCCCCGUCGCCCUCUCGGAGCCCUCGUCGCCCCGGCGCCCCCUCGCUGCCCCUGGCCGCGCGCGCCGGGGAGCUCAGGCCGCCCGGAACUCUAGACUCCUCAGCCGCUUCCGCCCUGGGAGAGCCGUCACCGCCCUCCCCGCCGCGCCGGCGACCCGGGCCAGACUGCAGGGCCGGGAGCCGGGGCCGCCACGGCCUCGGCGCCGGCCUGGGCGGCCCCGGCGCCCGACUGUUCGGGUGGCUGAGAGAGCGCAGCCUGGGCCGCGGGCUGUUCGUGGACCCGGCGCGGGACAAUUUCCGCACCAUGACUAACCUCUAUGGUUCCAUCCAUCCCGCGGACUCGGUGUACCUCAGCACCCGCACCCACGGCGCGGUCUUCAACCUCGAGUACUCGCCCGACGGGUCAGUGCUGACUGUUGCUUGUGAACAGACUGAAGUUCUGCUUUUUGACCCUAUAUCUUCAAAGCACAUAAAAACACUUUCUGAAGCUCAUGAAGAUUGUGUAAAUAAUAUCAGAUUUCUUGAUAACCGGCUGUUUGCUACCUGCUCUGAUGACACUACAAUAGCACUAUGGGAUCUGAGAAAACUGAACACCAAAGUAUGCACUUUACAUGGUCACACUAGCUGGGUGAAGAACAUCGAAUAUGAUACUAACACAAGACUCUUAGUAACAUCAGGAUUUGAUGGAAAUGUCAUUAUUUGGGACACCAACAGGUGUACAGAAGAUGGAUGUCCACAUAAGAAAUUCUUUCACACACGUUUUCUCAUGCGAAUGAGAUUAACACCAGAUUGUUCCAAAAUGUUGAUCUCCACGUCCUCUGGAUAUCUUUUGAUUUUGCAUGAUCUUGACUUAACCAAGUCUUUAGAAGUAGGCAGCUAUCCCAUUUUGAGAGCAAGAAGAACUACAUCAAGUUCAGAUCUGACUACUUCAUCAAGUUCAUCUGGUCCUCGAGUUUCUGGUUCACCUUGUCAUCAUAGUGAUUCUAACUCAUCUUCUGAGAAACACAUGUCACGAGCAUCACAAAGAGAAGGAGUUUCACCACGAAAUAGUCUUGAAGUCUUAACUCCUGAAGUUCCUGGUGAGAGAGACCGUGGAAACUGCAUCACGUCCUUACAGCUGCACCCAAAAGGCUGGGCCGCUCUCCUUAGGUGCUCAAGCAACACCGAUGAUCAGGAGUGGACUUGUGUCUAUGAAUUCCAAGAAGGAGCUCCUGUGCGACCUGUCUCACCUCGCUGUUCUCUACGACUAACUCAUUACAUUGAAGAAGCCAAUGUAGGCAGGGGUUAUAUCAAAGAACUUUGCUUCAGCCCUGAUGGGCGAAUGAUCUCUUCCCCACAUGGCUACGGGAUUCGCUUGUUGGGAUUUGACAAACAGUGCAGUGAACUUAUAGACUGUUUGCCCAAAGAAGCCAGUCCUCUGCGGGUGAUCCGUUCUCUGUACUCUCAUAAUGAUGUGGUACUGACGACAAAGUUCUCUCCAACACAUUGUCAGAUUGCCUCAGGGUGCCUUAGUGGACGGGUUUCUUUGUAUCAGCCAAAGUUUUAGGCACAACUUAACAUCAAAUAAGGAAUUCUUCUGGUGUUUGACUUAUAAAUUACUUCAAUUUAGGUGAAGUAUUUCCUUUUUAGAAGAUCUUAAAAGUCUGGGCCAAGAUCCCAGUUCUUACGGGUCCACGGACACACCUGUGACCUGAGGACUUGGCCGUCCGGCAUCGUAGGGGCCUCACCAAGUUAGACUCGACGCAGCAGCAGCUUUUCCGCAUUCCUCUGCUCCUGCUCAUCUGUGCCACUGGGACUUCAGUUCUUCUGGUUAUUUUGCAUGGUAGCUCUCGUCAAGUUUCUUUACUUCUUGUUUUUUGAUUUCAGUGUGAAUUUUGUGGACGUCUGGCAGGAGUUUUGGCUGGGUUAGGAGAAACCCAUGACACUGGUAUUGAAUAAAACCCAGAAGUUCGAUGUCAGCAUACUGGUCAUUGAAAAAGAAAUUUCAUCUUCACUUAUCAGUAUACCUGGCCUUUUAAAGUUGCUGUUAUGUUUCUCUAUAAUGAGCACAGUUAAUGGCAUUAUUCUCAUAAUGUUAGUCUUACAACAAAAAUGUCUUUUAAGUUUCCUGUUAAAAUUAUAUGUAUUUUUUCACCGUGAGGGGAAUUUUGUUGUAAAACUCUAGAAAAAAUAAUUACCACCUCUCUUUGUAAUUUACUUGUAUGAAUUUAAAAA